AUGGCGGCAAAGAUCCUCAAGACUGUUGAGUGGGCCGGGCAGCAAGUCCCCGUGUACGACAUGGAAACGAUCGACUUUGGGAAGCUCCUGUCCCAAGAGCCGGACGAGCUCCAGAGACUUGUUCGAUGCUGCCAGGACGAAGGAUAUUUCUAUCUUGACCUGCAGGGCAUCGACGGAAAGAGAGCUCUCGAGGACUCUCAGUCAACUCUUGACGUCAUGUAUCGAUUCUUCGACCAGCCUCUUGAGGCUAAAAAUCAGUUCGGUCUCGUUUCUCCGCAUCUCGGCUUUGAGCCAAUUGGCUCCCGCAACGGCGUCCUGAAGGGCACAAGGGACGGUUACGAGAUGGUCAAGGUAUCUCGAGACGAGAUCCAAAAGGCGAAGCCGCAUGUCCCGGAUGUCCUCAAGGACAGUGCAGACCUCAAGACCUUGGAGAAUACCAUUGCCAGCUGCAACAUUGUUUCAAAAGCCGUCCUAUCUGCCUUGUCCACCGGUCUCGGCCUUUCGGGUGAGGACCGUUUCGAGAACAGGCACCGAAACGACCGUCCUUCCACCACCACCCUUGCCAUGAUGCAUUAUAUCCCCUCCAAUCCCGAACACGACAAGAACAUUGGCCACCAGAAGCACACCGACAUCAGCUCUUUGACCCUUCUCUUUGCCGAGCAGUGGGGUCUUCAGAUCCGCCCCCCUGGCACUCGCCAGUUCGGUUUCGUCCCUCCCAAGGAGGGCAGCGUCGUCGUUAACGUCGGCGACUCGCUCAGGUUCGCCAGCGGACACACGAUGAAGGCGUGCAUUCACAGAGUUGUUCCGUAUGACCCAACCGAGCACCGAUAUUCGAUCGCGUACUUCCUCAGGGCCGAGAACGACACCAUGUUCACCGACAGCGAGGGCAGAUACAUCUCGGCCGGCCAGUGGCACGACGAGAAGUUCAUGGCUUUCAAGGCCACGCCUGAGGCUCAGGCUUUGGCUCCCAAGUCUAUGCUAUUUGGUGGAAUGGAUGAGGACGAGGUCGUGCCGGUUGCAGCGGAGCCAGUCAAGGAAGCUUCCAACCCUGUCAUGGCCGCUGCCUAA